AUGCCACCACGCAGACGUUUUGACAAAAAAGGGGCAGUUACGUACUCGGUGGUCCAUAGAGCACAUGAUGACUCGCUCUACUACGAUAACGAUGCUUCUAGGCACGUUCUUGUACCUUCUUCGGAUGCAAAAAACGUGCAAAAAAAACUGUAUUCUGUAGCAGAAUUGGAAGAAAAGCUAGGAAAAGAGUCCACGGAGAAGAUCAGAGCCAACGAGGGGCUCGCGGCACAAUAUGGAGUGUUUUUCGACGACUCAAAGUACGAUUACAUGCAGCAUUUGAAGCCUAUGGGAGAGGCUCCCGAUGCGGUUUUUGUGGGUCCGGAAGAAGUGGCCAAGAAACCUUCAGGAAAUAUUGAGGAUCUUUUCCGGGACCAGCUUCCGUCGGAGGAAAGCAGGAGGGUGGAUAAUGUGUUGGAAAAUAUUCCAAAAGAGCUUCAAGGAUUCAAUCCAGACUUGGAUCCGCGAUUGCGAGAAGUGAUCGAGGCACUUGAAGACGAAGCCUAUAUCGAGCCCGAAGCACUGGACAAAGAGGAGAAGGACGUUUUUGCGGAAUUGCUUGCAUCGGGAGAAGUUGAAGACGACGACGAAUUUUACUAUGGUUCCGCAGCAGAAGAUGACGAAUGGGACAUGGACAACUACGAAGAUAUCUACGCCAAGUACGAUGCUCCUGACGGCCAGGAUGUACAGGAUAUGCCGUACAACGAAGGGGAAGCGCCAGAAGAAGCAUUGGCCCCGGGCGAAGUGCCAAUGACAAAUAGUUCAUGGCAAAAGGAUUUUCACAAGUUCAAAGUGGAAACCAAGAAUCAAGCCAAUGAGUGGGAUUCAGACGAUGAUUUCGACGACGACGACGACGACCACUACGACGAGGAAGACCGCGAUGUGCUUCCAGACCUACCAAACUACAACGAUGCCAAACCAAACAAGAAAAUAUCCAAAACCAAACAGCGAAAGAAAAAAGGUGCUAUGACAGAUACAACUUCGUUUUCCAUGACUUCGUCGGCUCUUUUCCGAACUGAGGGCCUUACGCUACUCGACGACCGGUUUGAGCAGCUCUCAAAGAAAUAUGAACAAGACGAAGAACCGGAGUAUGAAAACUUUAAAAUGGAAAACGAAAGGAGCGAUUUUGAUUCCAUGUUGGACGACUUUCUCGAUAACUACGAUUUGGAAAAAGGAGGACGUCGUUUGGUGAAAAAAGAUGCCGAACUCAAGCGCUUACAAGAAGCCGCAGACUCUGUUUCCAAAGGUAAAGCGGCUAAUCGACGCAAACAGAAUCUGCUGGUGGAUAAAUUGGGCCGCGCAUUUAACCUGAUGAAACUCUCAAACCAGCAAUCUUGA